CAGGGCCGCUCGGCCCUCUGCUGCUCCUGCCUGCCGGUUGCUAGGCGCUGGGACGCGCCUGCUGAAGUGUGCGGGGCUACAGGUGGGCUCCUUGGGGUGGGCCGCGCCUGGCCGGGGCCGAGGACACCGCGGCUGCCCGGGCCUGCGAGAAGCAAUGGAACCUGGGAAGAGAAGAACCAAAGAUGAUACCUGGAAAGCAGAUGACCUCAGAAAACAUCUCUGGGCCAUACAGUCAGGCGGUUCCAAGGAAGAAAAGAAGCACAGAGAGAAGAAGCUGCGUAAGGGGUCUGAAAUGGACCUUCCUGAACACAAGGAGCCGAGGUACAGGGAUCCCGACCAGGAUGCCAGGAGCAGAGACAGGGCGGCUGAAGUCCACACUGCUAAGGAGAGUCCUCAUGGGGAGAGGGACAGAGACAGACACAGGGAGAGGAGAAGAGACGCAAAAGACCGGGAGAAAGAAAAGCUGAAGGAGAAACAUCGAGAGGCAGAAAAGUCUCGCAGCAGAGGAAAGGACAGGGAAAAAGAAAAAGACAGAAGGGCCCAGAAGGAAGAGCCCCGGCAGACCGUGGCCCGCCACAACCUGCUGGGCCAGGAGACACUCAACCGGCAGCUCCUGGAGCGGGCGGAGAGGAAAGGCCGCUCAGUAAGUAAAGUAAGAAGUGAAGAGAAAGAUGAAGACUCUGAAAGAGGAGAUGAAGAUAGAGAAAGAAGAUACCGAGAAAGAAAGCUGCAGUACGGAGACAGCAAGGACAACCCUCUCAAGUACUGGCUUUAUAAAGAAGAAGGUGACAGGAGACACAGGAAGCCUAGAGACCCAGAUCGAGACAAGAAACACCGAGAAAAAAGCAGCACAAGGGAAAAAAGGGAAAAAUAUUCCAAAGAGAAAAGUAAUUCAUUCUCUGAAAAAGAAGGGGAAGAAAGACAUAAAGAAAAGCGACACAAAGAAGUCCUUCAUUUUGAUGAUGAGAGGCACCGAACCAGUGUGGAUAGAAAAGAGACAUCAGCAAAAGACGAGCACAAGAAAAGGGAAUCCAAGAACGGUGAACACAGAAAUCGAGGUGCAAGCUCAAAGAGAGAUGGGACCAGCAGCCAGUAUGCUGAGAAUUUAGUAAGGAAUCACGGAAAAGAUAAAGAUUCAAGACGGAAGCAUGGCCAUGAGGAAGUUUCUUCCGUGUGGUGGAAGCUGGACCAGAGGCCAGGAGGCGAGGAAACUGUGGAAAUUGAAAAGGAAGAAGCUGAUUUAGAACGUGCUAGAACUGAUGCAUAUACAGCCAGUUGUGAAGAUGAUUUUGAAGACUACGAAGAUGACUUUGAGGUUUGUGAUAGUGAUGAUGAUGAAAGCAGUAAUGAACCUGAGUCAAGAGAAAAAAUGGAAGAACUUCCUCUAGCUCAAAAAAAGGAAAUACAAGAAAUUCAAAGAGCUAUUAAUGCAGAAAAUGAAAGGAUUGGCGAGUUAUCUUUGAAACUGUUUCAGAAGCAAGGUAGAACAGAAUUUGAAAAGGAGCCCAGGACAGAUACAAACAGUUCCCCUUCCAGAGCCUCCGUUUGUGGAAUUUUUGUGGAUUUUGCCUCAGCUUCACACCGUCAAAAGAGUCGGACUCAGGCCCUUAAGCAAAAGAUGCGAAGUACAAAACUGCUUCGGCUUAUUGACUUAGAUUUUUCAUUUACUUUCUGGCUCUUGGAUCUACCACCAGUAAAUGAAUAUGACAUGUAUAUCAGAAACUUUGGGAAAAAAAAUACCAAGCAGGCAUAUGUUCAGUGUAAUGAAGAUAAUGUUGAAAGAGACAUUCAAACGGAGGAAAUAGAGACCAGGGAAGUGUGGACCCAGCACCCAGGAGAAAGUACCGUUGUAUCUGGAGGAUGCUCCUGGAACGAUGACAGUGUUUUACCACUCACUCUGGCUUUUUACCGAAACCCGGUGAUGGCUGUUUUGCUGGAAGAGGAUCGCUUGGCAGCUGAACCCAGCUGGAAUCUUAGGGCUCAAGACGGGGCCCUGUCUUUUAGUGACAGCUCAUCUCAGCUGAACACCAGCCUGCCAUUCCUUCAAAAUCGAAAAGUAUCCUCCUUGCACGCCUCCCGAGUUCAGAGGCAGAUGGUGGUCUCCGUUCACGACUUACCCGAGAAGGCCUUUGUGCCCCUGCUGGACAGCAAAUACGUCCUCUGUGUGUGGGAUAUUUGGCAGCCUUCAGGGCCACAGAAGGUUCUGAUAUGUGAGUCCCAGGUCACAUGUUGCUGCUUGAGCCCAUUCAAAGCAUUUUUACUGUUUGCCGGAACAGCGCACGGCUCAGUCGUCGUCUGGGAUUUGAGAGAAGACUCAAGGUUGCAUCACUCUAUGAAGCUGAGCGAUGGUUUCUGGACAUUCCGGACGGCCACGUUUUCCACCGAUGGAAUCCUUACCUCAGUAAACCACCAAAGCCCUCUGCAAGCAGUAGAACCUAUCUCAACGUCCGUCCACAAAAAGCACAGCUUUGUGCUUUCGCCCUUUUCGACUCAGGAAGAAAUGUCAGGUUUGUCCUUCCACAUCGCUUCCUUGGAUGAGAGUGGGGUUCUCAAUGUGUGGGUGGUUGUUGAAUUACCACAGGCAGACAUCGCAGGUUCAGUAAGUGAUUUAGGCCUGAUGCCUGGAGGGAGGGUCAAGCUGGUACAUAGUGCUGUGAUCCAGUUGGGUGACAGUCUUUCCCAUAAAGAUAAUGAAUUUUGGGGGACUACACAAACACUGAAUGUUAAAUUUCUGCCUUCAGACCCUAAUCACUUCAUUGUUGGCACAGACAUGGGUCUCAUAAGCCAUGGCACAAGACAAGAUUUGAGAGUGGCUCCCAAACUAUUCAAACCUCAGCAAUGUGGUAUAAGGCCAGUAAAAGUUAAUGUCAUUGAUUUUUCACCAUUUGGAGAACCAAUAUUUUUGGCUGGCUGUUCAGACGGAAGCAUCAGGCUGCACCAGCUGAGCUCCACGUUUCCGCUCCUGCAGUGGGACAGCAGCACGGACAGCCAUGCAGUCACCGGCCUGCAGUGGUCCCCGACCAGGCCUGCCGUGUUCCUGGUGCAGGAUGACACAUCCAACAUCUACAUCUGGGACCUCCUCCAGAGCGAUCUGGGUCCUGUUGUCAAACACCAUCUCUCCCCCAACAGGCUGGUGGCCAUGGCUGCGGUGGGUGAGCCCGAGAAGGCUGGUGGCAGCUUCCUGGCCCUGGUGCUGGCCAGGACCUCCGGCUCCAUCGACAUCCAGCACCUGAAGAGGCAGUGGGCAGCCCCAGAGGGGGAUGAGCGCAACAGGCUGCGUCUGCUUUUGCGGGAAGCCCUGUGGCAAGAGGGAAAACCACACAAGUAGCGGGUGUUGCUGAGAGGACGGCGUUUCGGUAAUGACCCAAAUUUAAAAGAUAUAAGAUGGAUAAUU